UCGUUUGCUAAAAUCACGUGACUUGGGCCAAUUUGAAACAAGCUCCGAACCACUGAUUCGAAACAAAAGAUUCGUAAAUGUUUCGAAGCCUCAUGAAGCAGUGCUUCGAAAACGACAAUCACUACUGCUAGGUCGUACGUCAUCGGCGCCGCCAUAAUAGUUAUGGCAACUUCUUCUCAGCACAUCUUCUUACUCUCGUAGGAAAAAUGCCUCAUUCGUGUUCAGCUUGGGGGUGUAAGAACCGUCAAACACCUCAAGCCAGGGCUCAGGGAAUUUCCUUUCACAUGUUUCCCAAAGAGGAACAGCUGAGGAAGCAGUGGGAAUUGUCUGUAAGAAAAAAAGCAACCGUGCACUCCGUACUAUGCAGUGAACACUUCAGGCCCGAGGACUUUGACAGGACUGGUCAGACUGUCAGGAUUAGAGAGGGAGUUAAACCAUCUGUCUUUAGUUACUUGACUCGUCGCAAAACACAACUAGCAUCCAAGCAAAAACAAAAAUUAUGGGAGAUUGAAGUGAGCCUACCAGUGGAUUACUCUAUCCCAAAGAAACCUCCCAUCAUUGCGCCGCCUCCUCCUCCUCCUCCUAAGCUAAACCUUGACCAUAUCUAUGCAAUGCCUACGUCUCCCUCUGUCCUAAAGGCCAGACUUCACGGUGCCAGGACUAGGUUGGAAAAUCUGCAGCGAGAAAUUAAGAAUCUGAAGGUACGAGAACGGAGGAAUAAGAAAACGAUAGACGAUCUUCAAAAGGAUCUGAGGAAGAAGAACAUCGCAAAUAGAAAGCUAAGAAACAAGCUUAAGGGCUACUCUGAAAUUCCAAUUGACCUCCUGUUAAAAAAAGGCCAAGAGUACACACAGGACCAGAAGGAGUUUGCCCUUAAUCUCCAUUUACAGGGUCCAAAAGCGUAUAACUAUUUAAGAAAGGUCCUCCACCUUGACCUCCCGCAUCCACAUACAUUACAAAGGUGGAAGAGUUCUGCAGACAAGCCUGGCCCUGACACAAUGACGUCGGAUACAACCACAGUAACACAGGAGGAGGAAGAACUGCCAGAUACCCAGAAUGUCCCGAUUCUGGGCUCAUUGGAGGAAUUCCAGAAGCUUGGCAUAAGUGUAAUGUGGACAAUGAAUGGAAAUGCUUCGGAUGCUUCUUAGCCAGUGCACCCAACUUGCCGAUUAAAGGGCUUACAACCUGUUAUUGCACAUCCAAAGACUGAUGGGAGAGUGUUUGUGGCUAUAUGUUGAAUCUGGCAAGGAAAAUGUUGCAGAUGUACAGGGCCAGAAACCAAACAUAUGCUGUUUUUAUAAAUUAUUUUGACUGCAUGCAGCUAGCAAUGUGUUUUCGGGUGAUUCUCACGAAAACUUGGUUUUAAAAAUGUCAAGCAUGAAAAUGUAAAAAUUGCUUAAAUGUACUUUUUUUCCCACCAGACAUUGAAAAACAAAGUCUGGAGUAAAUGGGAACAUUAAUUUAAAAACUUUUACUUAUCAUUUAACACUUUUUGUAACAUCAUUUAAAAAAUUAGUCCUAAAAAAUCUCAUUACCGCAACAGUCAGAAAACAUCAACACUGACAUAUUUUCAAAAUGACAUGACAAACCUGAAAGAACAUAAUUUGGAGAUUCUGCACAUGCAUUUAAAAUCAAAGUAUUAUGCUUCUAUUAAUUAAAUUAACAUUUAAUAAGCAUCUGUUGCGGUAAUGAUAAUCAAAAUGUCGUGUAAGCAUUCUGACAAGACAAUAUUUCAAAUUAACUGUAAAAAAAUGAUCUUACCUGGUAGCCAUCUUGAAGUAACUGGUCCAUGUGCUUGGUCACUCAAAAUCAAACUUUAUUAAAAUUCUGUAUGUGUGCUUAAACUGUUCUCAAAAAGUGUUGCGGAGGAUGAGAACAUCAGGCAUGGACACAUCAUUUUCCUAAUUUUUCUUCAUUAUUAUUAUACAUGAAUAUUCAGUAAAUAUUUUUUCUGUCAUCUAAAGUAGUCUAGCAAAACAUCCAUUUAUUUUUUUUUUCAUAAUAUUUUUGUGUUCAUUUGAUUAAAUUACAACAUAACGCAUGUUCAAACACAGCCGGACACAUUGCGGUAAUGAGAAUUUCAGCAGAAAAUGAGAUAAAAUUUACAAUUAUAAAUUCUUAUGUUGAAAUCACACAUUGUGCAAGGUAGAACACAGUAUUGUGUUAAUUCUGAUGCUUUUUAAUGUUACUAUAUUACACAUUUUAAAGCUAAAAUCAUUAGUGCCGUGGUGUUUCAAUGAUUUCGUGAGAAUCACCCUUUCAUUCCCAGAACAUGAUGCUGUCUCUAGCUGCGCGGACACAAAGUUGCUUUUUAUCGUAGUUCUGCACUAUAGCUAUUCAGUUUGAACAAGAAAUAAUUAAUUGUGGUAACACUACACACAAACACAGUAAAUUAAAAAAGACUCUUUGAUAUUAUGAAUAAACGAAGUGUCCAAGGUUUAAAGCUUCUCUGUAUUUUUAAAUUGAAACUGAGAGUUAUUGUUGAGGAAUACUUCAGAUAUUGAAGAGUUUAGAUAUACUUUACCUUUUAUUUCCUGUUUAAUUCAUUAUUUUGUGUUUUUUAUGGUUUAAAUGUUGCUAUGAAGCUCAUAGUGUGUGACAACAUGCCCGAAUGCUUUUUGUAACAUCUGUAAAUAAACUUUCCUGGGCAAUAGUGGUGUAAAUGUUGUCGUCAAAAUGAAAUUUUAUAAAUUUUAUCCUAACUUAUACAGUACAUACAUGUACAGCAGAAAUAGUGUAGCAUACUAUUUCAAACAUAACCACUUUAAGUAAACGUGUAAUACACAAGCAAAGAUGCCUAGUAUGCCGCUGUGUAAAAUGUCUUGCCUUGCUAGUUAAAUCCUCAAAAUCAAUACAAAGCAUACAUGGACAUAAAUGUAACUUUGAACUUGG